AUGAAUAGGCAAGGAGGACAACCACGACAGACAGUGCUACCCGCUGGUUACCGAUCAGCAACGGGCGCCCCACCUUCUCAACCGAGUGGAGCCAACGGCAUGUACUACGCCUCUGCUGGACACGGCGGCGCGGCUGGCUCUGGACAGGGUGGCCGCGGAGGAAUCAUGGGUCAACAACAAGGCCUGCAAGGCAACUUCCCGCCGAGCUCGGGAUUAGGUCGCGCUGGACCUCCAGGAUUCGGCGGAAGAGCUGCGACGUUGGGAUCAAUGAACCAGAGCCACGGCCACAGCCAGCACGGAAAUACGAACUCUUCCUUUGCUACGCAGUCCCAGUCGCAGGGCGGCAGCAACGACGCCAACUUGCAUCAGAUGUUCAUGCAGCAGCACAUGGAGCAGGGCCUUGGUGCCCCGCCGCCGCCCCCAGGUCUGGCUGGACCCGGGUCAUCUUCUGCGCAGCCCAAUGGUGUCUCGGGCGAGGGGUUACGAGACGACUUCCCCGCGCUGGGAGAAAAGGGGCAACGGAUGGUCAACAUGCUUAAGAUGGGCGGACCGGGACAGGGCCAGCCGGGUUCCCCCCAGUCACACCUCAACGGACCACCGAGUUCUCAGUCCAAUACCGCGACGUCGUCCAAUCCGCAAAUGGGAGCAGCCACCGCCCGGCCACCGUCAACGACAGAGUCAUGGACGAGACAGUCGCCGUCGCGCCAAAACGAGCCUCUGGUCCGACCUGUGCAGCAGAUCCUCUCCUCACCCGUGGACAAGUGGGGAUUGAAGGCUCUCCUGUAUGAGAUUCGGACACAGAUGGGCAAGGGAGACAGGGGCAUGCUCAUGUUCGGCGAGGACCUCCAGGAGCUUGGUAUGGACAUCCAGAGCAGCGACCCGCUGUACUCCACGUUCGUUACGCCAUGGGUGGAUCCGACAUCGAUGCAGCAUCCCCCGCAGAUCGAGGAUAUGUUCGUUAUCCCGAGCUGCUACCAUGUUGUCCCGCCCCCCGUCGAGUCCAAGCUGCCCAACUUCGCCGAGGAGACGUUGUUCUACAUCUUCUACUCUGCGCCCCAGGACAUUGUCCAGCUUAUGGUCGCCGAGGAGCUGUACAACCGUGGCUGGCGCUUCAGCACCGACCUGCGUGUGUGGAUCACGUCUGGACCGCUGUCUCAAAUCGAUCUGCAUGGGGACCAGUCCUCUCAGCCGUCCGUCAUCCGCGGACCGUUCAGCGUGUUCAACCCUGCCACCUGGUCGCGCCAGGACACCGGCGGCGACUUCACCGUCGAGCUCAGCACGCUCGAGGCUACGCGCCCGGCAGCCGCCAUUGUUCAGGCUGAGAGGGCUGCGCGCAAGGAUCAGCAGCACACGCGCUCGCCGAACGGCGCCAGCAGCGCGGUCGGUAACACGCAGUCCCAGCAGCACGCCAGCAUGCAGGCUGCGCACUAA